GCAGUGCUUAUUUCAUAUUAGACUUGAAAAAUAGAUAACUUGACUUUGAAGGGUGUAUUGACAAUAGGCAAUACGGUAAUACAUAUGUUUCUGGGUCUGGAAAAUGUUGUGAAACGGACGGUUACUGUUAAAGCGUUACAAUAACACAGACGUUUUAAAUAUGGCCGACAACCCUUCAAUAACGCCGUCUACGUCUAGUGCAGACGGUAGCACAGACUCGCUGGAUAGCCGAACGCGGGACGCUGUCGCCGAUGGGCUGGUGGAGCUCCUGAAGCCAGCAGUAGAGGAAAUAGACGACAGGGUCAAAACUGUCAGGGAUAGCCAGGUGGAGCUGCGGCAACAGAUUGAUUGUCUAGCCGACGACUUGAAGAAGAUAGCAGAACAACAGGCAGUGCCAGUGGAUCUGGAACCCUACGUCAAGAAAUUAAACAAUUCUCGCAGACGUGUUAUGUUAGUCAAUAACAUUCUACAAAAUGUACAGGAAAGACUGACCAAACUGUACAACAAUGUUUCCAAAGAAACAGCACGGAGAAAAACAUUACUGGACUCGCCGUCUUCAGGCCCACCCCACUAGUGGAAGUCAGAUUUUAUUUUGUUUAUGUUCCCAGGAGCACUUGUUAUUUAUGGACAGAACUAUAUGGAAAAUAUAAAGUGUCAUGUACAAAACAAUACACAUGUACAUGUUGAUGUGCAAUAAUGCCUAGGUUGGGGCCCAUGGACAUUGUGGUGGUAAAACUGUACUUUGUUCAAGACAGCUGCAGUGUACUCAGCCAAAUGUAGCUACACAUCAGGAGACAUGUUUCUGUAGAGGUUUAUUAAUGUAUGCCGGACCCUAUAGUAAUUGAGGAAUGCUGAAUUUUGUACUUAUUAUACCAGGGCUACAUUCGCGUAUACCGGUUGAAACGGUACGUGUGGCGCAGAAAUUUUCCACGAUAAACGAACGCACUUGGAUCGUUCUAUAAGCAGAGCUGAAAAUGCACAGUUUCGGAGAAUAAAAAGCAAUCUAUCAAGAAUAUUAUGCCCUUCUCUCAGGUGUCCACUGAAUUACACAACGUAUCUUAAAAACUGCAUGCGGCUUGACAUUGUUUUAGAAAGAAAUAACGCAAACAGACAAUAGUCAGCAUUUUAGUUUUGGUCAGGUACGUCUGGACCCCUCAAUCUACACGUACCAAAUUUUCCUGAGGUCAGCUUGGUCCAGAUCUGUAUCUGUCAUUUUCUUUACAGGUUCAACCGUUUCAGCCGGAUACGCGAAUGUACCCCAGUUAUAUUAGGGACUUUCCCUAUAUAAAUGCAUGUGGGAGACACUUUUACAGAUACCUCAACACCUAUUUCUUUACAUUUGGUAACUGUACUUUAUGUAUGUGCAAAAGGACUUUGAGAUGAUCCCCGCCACCCGUCAUUAUUAGAGAAAGUGCCUGCCAAUAUAUUCUGGAAUAGCCACAACAGAUAUACAUUGGAACACAUUUUGGUCUGUAGUUCUAAACCUUCAUUGAGAUUAUGCUUGGAAUAUUGUUUGGUUCUCCAUGUCAAGAUUUCUUCAUGUAGUACUUUGUAGGGUCCAAGGAUCCAUUCAAGUUGUGUAUACGAUAAGACAGGCUUAUUUGUCAACCUUGAUGAAAAGUCCAGACAUUUUUGUUUGGCAUAGUAUCAUGUAAAAAGGACCAGAUAUGAGCCAUACUUAAUAAUAAUUAAGUUGUAUGAAUUGAUUAAUUAUAUGAUGCAAGUGAUUUUAGUUAUGUUUAUUGGUCAGCACAUUAGCACAUUCCAAUGUCUUGUAUUGAGUAUUAGUAGGAAAUGCCCUGCAUGAAUGCAAUCAUGUAAUGAGGAUCCCCGGAUUAAUCAGUGUUUUAUGUAAUAUAUUGUUUUCUAUCAUUUUAAGGAUUUGUUUGGUUUAUGGUUAUGGUUUAAACUACAUAAUGUACUAGCUUAUAAUGAGUUGUCAGCAGGAUCUCUGUGCAGAAUAUAGCACAUUUAAGAAAAAUUCAUGACCUUAUACUUAAAAUCUGUAUUGUUCAUACAAUUUACAAAUUUAAAAAAUGCCAGUUAAAAAGUGUUCUCAGUCAUGUGCUAUUCUGAGAAAACCUACACAUAUUAUUUAGAUGUAGCUCCUUUAAACAGAUUUGAGUAUUAAGAAUUUUGCAAAAUGUUUCGAAACAUCACAUACCAAGGUAUACUUCAAACCACUUCUAUCAUUACAUGAAAAUAUCCACACAUCACAUUGGUGAUCAAAGCCCGAGACUUGCCUCUAGAUAUGUGCAUAUGAAAGUUGAUUGAAAUCAGGUUCAUUUUAGGGGAAUAUUGCAGAGAAACUAAAGCUUGAUUGAUGGACAGGCAGAUGUGCCCUGCAUACUACCGGAAAAUAUCCCCAAUACUUGUGCAAACAAGUGGAUAAAGUUCAUAAUAUUUCAUUGUAACACAUCUAUUUCAUUCCAUCAAUUUGAAUAAAAUUAUUUUAGGCAA